CUCCCAUCUCAGGGCUGCGAAACUUUGCAAUAUCGGCAGCUCUCAUACUCUCAGGGAGCUCCUUCAAAGUUUCUCUUCCUUCUCAGCACCCAUUCAUCCUCUUCGCUCGAGGGGCCCCGGAGUCCCACCUCUGUAUACGAACCAUGUCCGCUGCGAAACUGACAUCUCUUGCGACCUCAACACUUUCUCUCCUGCUCGAACGGCAGCGCCUCCAGGCCUCCCAUCCCACUCUACAUCUGCAAACAAUAUCAACCAAUUUACAUAAGAUUAGGGAUGGUGUCAUAGCCCUCCGCACCACUUCCGAUGAUGAAGCUGCGGAAAGCCUUAGAGCACACUACGAACGGCUGCGCGGUAUGUUUGGGGAAGCAGCAGCAGAGAAGGCUGGAUUACAUACUAUACCCCCUCCGAUGCCACCGUCACCCCCACCUCUAGCUGAACGUGUUCCGAGUCCUGAGACAACCUACGAACCAUACACGGACGACCCUUCGCUGGAUCCAGAUGAAAAUGGCAUUUUGAUGCAACAGAGGCAGAUAAUGGAUGCGCAAGAUGCUCACCUUGACCACCUUUCUUCUUCGAUUGGUCGACAGCAUCACAUUUCGCUCCAGAUAGGCGACGAGCUCGAGGUACAUACGGGACUUCUUGAUGCCCUAGACACUGAGCUCGACGGUACCGGUGCCCGCAUGUCCAAUGCGAGGCGCAAACUUGAACGUGUUGCUCAAGGCGCGAGACGAAAUGGCUCUACAGUCACAAUUGCUCUUCUCAUACUAAUACUACUCAUCCUCAUUGUAGUGUUUAAGACCUGAUGGGAGCCAUAUUCAUGUAUCGCGCACAUCCUACGGUAAGACUUAUUGAAAGGGACUUUCCAUCUGCUGGCAGUAUGAUACCUUUGUGUUAAUAUUUUUCUCAUAUCGCUUGCUCAGACCUAGGCGUUGACAGACUUGUCAAGGGUAAUGUCAAAAUGUAACUGCUCUCAUAAGCGGCAGCAAUCCAGCCCACGUACGAUGGAACACCUGUAACUAUAGGUGUUGAUGCGGUAACAAUCUUAGAGCAAGUGACAGUUGGGG